AUGGGCCUCGCCGGCACGCUCACGUCGUGGCAGAUCCAGACGCACCACUUCGGCCACGUCCACGGCGCCCAGAACUCGGUGCUCGUCCUCGACAACCGCGGCGUCGGGCGGUCCGACAAGCCGCUGGGGCGGUACACGACGAGCGGCAUGGCGGCCGACGUGCUCGAGGUCGCCGACCACGUCGGGUGGACGCAGCCGCGGCAGCUCAACGUCGUGGGCAUCUCGCUGGGCGGCAUGGUCGCGCAGGAGCUGGCGUGCCUGGCGCCCUCGCGCGUGCGCUCCCUCUCGCUCCUGAGCACCAGCGCCCGCGUCGACAGCGGCAAGACCCUCCCCCAGGCGGCGCUCGACCGCCUCGCCCUCCUGCGGCCCAAGACGGACGCCCAGGCCAUCCGCGACACCGCCCUCGCCGUCUUCCCGCCCGCCUUCCUGCUCGCCCCGGACGAGGUGCCGCUGCCCGAGCCCGCCGCCGAGCCCAUGUGCGCGCCCGCCGACACCCCCGACGGCGAGUACCCGCGCUUCGGGUCGAAUUUCCAGCGCUUCCAGGCGCAGGAGCUGCACAAGCGCCGCGCCCCGGGGGCUUUUACGCUCGUCGGCUUCCUGGGCCAGCUGCUCGCCGCCGCGGGGCACAGCAAGUCGCCCGCCCAGCUGCGCGGCAUGGCCGACGGCGUGGGCAGGGACCGCAUCCUGGUGAUGCACGGGACGGGGGACAAGAUGCUCGUCGUCAGGAACGGCGAGCGCCUGAUCCACCUGGUUGAGCCGGGCGUGGCGAUGCUGGUCGACGACUUGGGCCAUGCGCCCAUCUUCGAGAGGAGCGUGUGGUUCAACGGCCUCUUGGACGAGAGGCUGCACGCUUGGUCCAAGCUGUGA